AUGAAUGCCUUUGGAGGUCGAUCGCGCUCCACAGCAGGAUGGUUUUUUGCUGGCCUCGACUCAUCAUUCCCCGAUCUCGGAUCCGAUGAGAGCAACCUAUCAGAUCUCCGUUUCUGUGGCACAGAUCUCAAGUCUGGUUGCAAGGUGUUCCAAGUGCGGAAGUCGGAUCCCUCGCGGAGUACAGAGGUGCUCUUGGCACCAGAUGUCCUAAACUACGACGAGCUCGAAGGCGAUUUGAAGGAUCAGGUCUUAGUUUUCAAAUUUAAGGGGAAGUUUCACGCCGUCGACCAUAAAUGCCCACAUUCUUCAUAUCCGCUCUCACAUGGCACACCGUUCGAUAUCGAAGACUUUGGAAUUGUUUUGAGCGCAGGGUUGACUUGUCCGAAGCAUGGAUGGUCGUUUGAUUUAUUCUCCGGCAUGGCAGACCGCGCGCGAUAUAAGCUGGGUAUCUGGGAGGUCCAGUUGCGCGAUACAGCAUCAAUAGGUUCAAUACCAAUAGGAGAUUCUCUUGCAGACACAGAGAGCAUAGACAAAGAAGUGUGGGUUAGGAGAAAGCAGAGAAUAGGAUAA